AACAUCCAACUAUAAAAAACUUCAUCACACCUCAUACUGCACCACACGCCCUUCAAUCCUGUGAUAUAGGAAUGUGGCCCUAUUAGCUGAUAUUUACAUUUUUGGCAUGCAUUAUUUAGCAUUAAUUAUUAAAAACAUAUAUAAUUUGCAUUUUUAGGGGUCCAUAAAUUCUGGGGGACCAAGGCAGAUGUCUACAUUUGCCUAGUGCUAGUUGUAGUAGUGUAAGUUGUAGAACAAGCCAAAAAGGCUAUGGCUGUUGCAUAUUUUACAUACGCAACAUAAGCAACCAAUUGCCAUGGCAAUAAGUUCAGAACUCCAGAAACUAAGACCUCUGGUGACAAGUGGUGGUAUUGUGGUGAAUGAAUGUGACACCAGUUUGUGUCUGAAUGGCCCAGAUAGUCUUAUCAUACACAGGCACGAUAGGCAGGACGUCAUCUCACGUACUUCACUGACAGUAUUUUCGUCAAGUUGUAUUCGCUGAGAAAGCAUACGUGCUAGCAUAUAAGGAUAUCAGUAUUAAUUUUUCACUCUCAUUUAUAAAAACUAAUAGUAUUAUAAUAUCACUCACAAUAUAAGUUGUAAUGCACUUUAUAACGGUAAACUUUUAAUAAUGUGCAUUACUUGAAUUAGUGAUGAUGUAACAUUGCUUAAUAAUGUUAUGUCUGGAAUUCAACAUUUUAGAAAUGGUAAAGUAUACAUUCAUGAUAUACCCCUGAAAUAAUAUGCCUUAAUCUCUUAAUAAGUUCAAAAGUGACUGUAAUAGCCUUUCUGUAUAUAAAUUAACAAGAGAGUGGGGGAGACUCCCUAAUAAUGACAUCAUCAUCAGUAUAAUACUCACAGUCAGCGCUCGCAGUUAUCUUCUGCUUGGUAUUGUGAGCCUGAUCACCAUGCGUGAGAUUGUUCAUCUUCAGAUCGGACAGUGUGGGAAUCAAAUCAGUUCAAAGUUCUGGGAAGUUAUCAGUGACGAACAUGGUAUCAAUGCAGUGGGAAUCUAUGAGGGGGACAUGGCCCUUCAGCUGGAGAGAAUCAGCGUCUACUUUAAUGAGGCAAAUGGUGGGAAGUAUGUCCCCCGGGCACUGCUGGUUGAUUUGGAACCGGGAACGAUAGACAGUGUGAGGGGCAGUCACAUUGGAGAACUCUUCAGGCCUGACAACUUCAUACAUGGAACUUCUGGAGCUGGAAAUAACUGGGCAAAAGGUCACUACACAGAGGGGGCAGAGCUGGUUGAGCAAGUUUUAGACCGUGUCCGUAAUGAAGCCGAAAGCUGUGACUGCCUGCAGGGCUUCCAGUUUGUUCACUCCUUGGGUGGUGGUACUGGCUCAGGAAUGGGUACCCUGCUUAUCAACAAAAUCCGUGAAGAGUUCCCAGACCGAAUCAUGAAUACCUUUAGUGUCAUGCCCUCUCCUAAAGUCUCUGAUACGGUAGUGGAGCCAUAUAAUGCCACACUGUCCAUUCACCAACUGAUUGAGGGUACAGACGAGACAUUCUGCAUUGACAAUGAAGCUCUUUAUGAUAUCUGUUUCCGAACACUCAAGCUCACCACUCCAACCUAUGGAGAUCUGAAUCAUCUUGUGUCUAUGACUAUGAGUGGUGUCACAACUUCUCUGCGCUUCCCUGGUCAACUGAAUGCUGACCUCCGCAAGCUGGCUGUCAACAUGGUGCCCUUUCCCCGCCUUCACUUCUUUAUGCCUGGCUUUGCUCCUCUCACACCUCGAGGGUCUCAGCAGUACCGGGCCCUCACUGUUCCUGAGCUCACCCAGCAGAUGUUUGAUGCCCGGAACAUGAUGACGGCAUGUGAUCCCCGGCAUGGCCGCUACCUCACUGCUGCAGGAGUUUUUCGUGGCCACAUGUCCACUAAAGAGGUGGAUGAACAAAUGCUCACUGUUCAGAAGAAGAACAGCAAUUACUUUGUAGAAUGGAUCCCCCACAACGUUAAAGUGGCUGUUUGUGACAUCCCACCACGUGGCCUUAAAAUGGCAUCUACCUUCAUUGGAAACAACACAGCAAUCCAAGAGAUUUUCAGGCGAGUCGGGGAGCAAUUUGCCAUGAUGUUCCGCAGAAAGGCUUUUCUGCACUGGUACACAGGAGAAGGAAUGGAUGAGAUGGAGUUCACAGAGGCUGAGAGCAACCUGAAUGAUCUAGUAUCUGAGUACCAGCAAUAUCAGGAUGCCACAGCUGACCUGGAGUGGGAGCCAGAGGAAGAAAUAACAGAGGUAGAGGGAAACUCAGCAACAGUAAUAAACAGCAGAGUAGAAAUAAAAACUGAGACCAUGAGUGAAGCUUAGUCUAGUGAACAAUUCUAGUAAAGAGGGUUCUAUUACCAACUGUGUUGUAUCUUAAAUACCGAAAAUGUUUUAUUAAAAAUUAUACUAUUAUUAAAAUGUAUUAAUGUAUUAAUACAUAAAAUGAUACAUAAAAUGUAUUAACACUGGAGUCACAUCUAUGAUUUUGUUUCCAUUAAAAUCUAUUAAUUUCUACUUAACUAUAAAGAAUUCUUUAAUAAUGAAAGUUUGUAAUAUGUUUCAAAACAUGUACAACCAACAUGUACCUACUAACACUGUUUUUAAAUAAUGUUUUAAAAUUUAGUAGAUAUAGUAAAUAAAAAGACAAAAAAUGUUGCAUAUGUUGUUCAUUUAAAAGAAUUGUUUCAUCAGUGCAUGUGUGCAAAAUCUGAAAUUAAACACAAUAAUUAUUUUUACAAUAGUGCAGAGCAACUUAAAAAAGUUAAAUGGCAUUUUUCUUCCUAUUUUCAGUGGAUUGAAUUAAUACCUAACUUUGUUUUAAUAGACUAAAUAUUUUAAAAUACUAAACAUGCUAAUACCCCCAUGAAAGACUGAAGGGCAACUCUAGCCUUCCAAACAGGCAGUCUGACAGGACAUGAUUAAACUCAAGUGGCUCUGUAGAUAUUGAUAAGCAGCUCAGAAAAACCUCCAUUAACCACAGAUGACAGUGAAAGCCACCAUAAGCGAUACUGACAGCUUGUACAACCAGUGUGUAACUUCCUUUAGACUUGACAAAGAUCAGACCCUCCCUUCAGUUCAACGAGCUCCUAUGGAGUAUGGAUGUAGUACCAUAAUGUAGAAAGUACUGGUGCAAAAAAAAAUGUGUUACAAUUUUUAGAUUCUAAGUUAGAAAAUGUAUGACACUGACUGAAUUAUUUGGGCUGGUACACAUCUUGGUUGGUUCAAUGUCUGCAUCCACAUUGCUUUUUUGUAUCUAACAUUCAAACAAAUUAUACUCAUAAAAGCAAUAAACCAGUAUGAAAUCAGUGAAUAUGUUAUUUUUGUUACUUUACUACUGACCUGCAUA